AUGGCUCCCAGACUAUCUGCGGCUUCCAUGCCGCUGGCCCCCGUGGUCGAUGCGUGUCUGGUCCAAUCCUGCAAAUCAAAAUCUGCGCCAUUCGUGCGGAGCUUCAGCUCGACCCCGUGUCAGCAGAAGAUGAGCCGGGCUCGACAGCAGAUGUACCAAUGGCUCAAGGGCAGGGAAGGUUCAGAGUUUGCCGACCCCGGAGGAGGCCCCAGGUAUCUAGGGCCGCUGCAGGACCAGCCGUUUCCUCUAAAUCCUCUCUUUCGAAGCCAGCCGGUGCUGGAUGAGCACACGAGGGAGCUGAUCUGGGACAAGGUCAUGGGGAGGGGGGAGUCACUAAAGGCCGUUUCAGCAGAGAUGGGCGUCGAUGUCAGGCGGGUAGCGGCCGUUGUGAGGCUGAAGGAGGUUGAGAAGCAAUGGCAGAGAGAGGGCAAGAAGCUGGCAAUUCCCUAUGCCAAAGCUGUCAUGAGCAUGCUGCCCAAGACUUUUUACCGGGAGGGCGAGAAGAAUCUGCCACACGAGCCCGUCAAUGAGAUUCACGUCCACAAGUUGACAAUGCAGCAGCUCUUCGUGCCAGUAUCAGAGUCACGUCACUUCACCCGAGAAGACGCGGCCAAGGCCUUCCACGACACCAUGCUGUCUGUUGAUGCACGGUCACCACAGCCUGAGCUCAUCAACAUGGAGCGGGAGAUUCUAGAGGGCAAGACCCGGCAAGAAAGCCUGGCCAAAUUCAAGGAGGCGACGCAGAAGGAGGAGGACAAGGUGGCGAGGCGCAUCGCACAGGAGCAGCAGCGAGAAGAGAAGGCGACAACGAGAGUAACAACGGACCGCUACGAGUUCCGGUUCAAGGAAAUCAACGCGGACGAUGUGGGACGAAAUGGACGGUCAAGAAAGGGCACUGGCUGGAGAUAUGGAGCGCCGUUUGAUGAUCGCAAGCGUGGUCUGGUCAAAAUUCCCACGUCUGUGCCGUAG